UCCUCUUUAGCCUUACCGCAGUCGAAGAAACUCCAGCUGAGGUUUAUAUAUUUCAUAAUCUUUUUACUCCGAAUGGUUUCUUAACAGGAUUUGCAUAGACCCUGAAUUGGGACACACCUAAGGCUUUAAUUGACAUUAUAAAUACGCUACACAACGAGCUGUGCUGCUGUUUAGAUCGAGGCUGAAAUGAUAACCGAAAAGCUCAGUUUGACCUGUGACAGACUUCUGUCACACCAGCAGCUUGCAUGUUGUCGCUCAUACUGUGCUAUACCCCUGCAUGGCAAGGAAAUUUUGGUUUACAGUAACAUUGCCUUACAACAGAAGCCACUGGUGCUAACAGGUCACCACGGAGACGUUACGGCCAUGACCUUCGGAAAAGGGAGCAGUCCUGUUUUCCUUUGCUCUGCUUCUGCUGAAUAUGUCAUUGUCUGGGAUAUUGAGCUGUGCCAGAAGAGAACUGAGGAGGGUGAGGUUGCAUCUGGAAUAGUUAUCAGGACUUUACUGGGUGAGGUCGUCCAUCUCUCAUUCUGUUUUUCCAAUGAACGAGUGGCAGCAUGCUCAGGAGCAAUUAUAUACAUUCUCAACUCAAAGAGAGAAGACGUAAUCUCUACCUUGACUGGCCACCUGGGACCUAUAACAUCAGCAGAGUUCUGUUCUUGGAACAAAGAUAUUCUUGUCAGCACAUCAGAGGAUCGCACUUUUAAGGUUUGGAAUCUGGAAACUAAAGCUAUUGUCUACCAGUCAUUUGUGCUUUCAGCAUUUCCACUGCUUAGUGCAUUGCUCUUGGAGAAGGACAGGCACCUUAUCACCGGCUCAGCUGAUGGACAGGUGUGGUGCUUUUCUCUCAGUGAUGACUACAAGUGCCACCUGGUGACAAAAAUGGACCUUCAGAAGAUGGAAAAAAGACAUCAAGUGCAGCAAGGUGCUGUGAGUCAUCAGACAGGGGUUUCUGAACAGUCAUCAGUGGAUAAAGUUGAGAUUUUAAAACCUGUUGCUCAAAUGGCUUCAUGUGGCCCAUCUUCAGAAACUAAUGCUGACAAAGAAAUAAACAACAGCUGGUUUUGUAUAGGAGGCUCUGACGGUCUUUAUGUGGUUGAUCUGGCAACUUCAGAGCUCCAAACAGUGUUUUAUUUCAAAGAUAACGCCACAUUGAGCAUCAGCAUGGCUGGAUCAUGGUCAAUCUCCCCAAGAUGUGAUAAGUCUAUGCUGGUUUUAGUAAGCUCUUUGUUUACCCCAUCUGUGGUCUUGCUGGAGUUGUAUCUGAGUGACCUGGAGAGGACUGGAGCUUCUCAUGAAGGCUUUUCAGUAUUUCCAAGGUCUGCUCCACUGCUUGAAUCUCCUCUGAAUGCUGAGUUAAAAAAGAAGGAGGCCAACCAGCCUAAAAAGAAAGGAGGAAUGAAGGAACAACCUCUGGUUUUUCAUUCAAAAGUGAAGUCAUCCGGAUACACCAGUGCCCCAAGGAGGAUUAUGUUUUCACCAAAAACAAAUGUUGAGAAGAGUUCUUCCUGCAAAAAAAAUACCAAAAAUACAGGUUUACUCUACAACAGUUACCCAGCAGACAGUGCAGCACCAACUGUUCCACAUAUUGAUCUUAACAUCACUAACAAGCAAGUCUCAUGCCUUCAGUAUUCAGGUGAUGGAAAACAAAUCCUGUGUGGUCUUGGAGAUAGUUCAGUGUUAUUGUACAAGUCAUCUCUAACUGGCAAUCCAACUGUCUACAUAGGGCAUGACAAGCCAGUGAGCAGUGUGAGCUGGAGCCUCUGCAGACAGUGGUGGCUGAGUGCAUCAGAAGACUUGUCACUAAGGAUUUGGACAUGUUGCAGCUCAGAGCCUGCAGCAGUCAUGGGUAAUAAUAUGUUCUCCAAACCUAUCCGAAGUGCUCAGUUUUAUUACCUUGACAAAUUUGUACUUCUGGCAUCAGGAUCCUCUCUAUACUUGUACCUUUACAAUGUGGACAGCACCCAUGAUGACAUUAAAAGAUAUCAGCAACGGAGUGUCAUCAAACGAACUAGAUGUCUAACAGCAUCAUCUAACGACAUCACUGCCUUCUCUGCCAUCAAUGAUUUCCUGUCUUACAUUGUCCUGGUGUGUGGUUCAGAUCGGUCCAUUCAGGUAAUGGACAUGAACAAAGGUGUAGUUGCCUCAAUGGUUCCUGAUGCCCACAGCAGAGCCAUCCACUGCAUCACACAGAACAAGGGCUCCAUAUUUACCACACAGGCUCCAGACUCCUACAACCUCUUCCUCACCAGUGCAGUCACGGAUGGUGUGAAGAUUUGGGACCUCCGUAAUCUAAUGUGUGUGCGCCGCUAUGAGAACCACCUGAAUCGUUGCCACCCAUGCUCCUCAGCCAUCUCACCCUGCGGCCGGUUCAUUGCUUCUGGCUCUGAGGAUAAAUGUGCCUAUGUGUAUGACAUCCGUAGCAGCAAGUUCCUCCACAAACUUCAGAGACAUUCAGACACAGUGCUCAGCGUGGCUUUCAACCCUGCCACACCAGAACUGCUAACUGGGACCUUGGAUGGGAAGCUAAGACUGUUUCAGUCCAGCAGCGGGUCUCAUUUGUCUCAUGACACCGGUGCUGCUGUGCAUAAUGUCCCCAAUAUGACUGAGUAAUUACAGCUGGCUGUUCUGAAAAUCAUCCUGGUUUCAUCAAGGCAGCUGAAACCCACAGGCUGGGAUGUCAUUAAAAAAGUAGACUGGGAGAGUUUUGUUUCAGCUGCUGUUGAUUUAAUAAAGAAAAAACAGGUAUGUAUGUAAAAAGAUGUAUGUGUUCCACUUGUCUUUUUUUCUCUCUCCUGACUAAGAUUUAAAGGGAUGUCUUUGAUUCAUUAAACUACAUUAGCACAAUGUAAUAGUCAAUUUCAGAAAAUUAUAGCAAAAAAUUUUCCAAGAACAAUUGUUCUGGCAGCUUUUCCCAUCUGUUGAGCAAUUUGGAUGUUCAUUGCAGUUAUUGUUGAGUAUGUGUAACAAAUGUAUUAUGUAUCACUGGCUGUGACUACUGCUUAGCAAAUCAGCUUGAAGAGCCAUGACAUCAACUGGGUGCAACCUCUUUGGCUGCCAGACACACAGAUGCUCCUACUGUUCAUACUGACACACCCACAUUUUUUUAGUUGGCUUUUACUGCUUUCUACCUCAGUCAAAAUUAAAUAUCUACUAAACCGAUGUAAAAUAGGGCAAAUUCAAAUCCUUUCAAAUUUGAAGCAGCUAAAUUCUUUAUAAGCUUUAUGAAGAGUGUAAAUAAAUUGUAAAGACCCCGAAAACUGACUGAAGAAGAAAAUAUAAGAACCAAGUUUCUUGGAGAGGCAGUCCAACUGAGGUUGAGGUGCACCAGAGAAGGACAGGAAGUGGCAAGAUGGUGAGGAAGACUGGCAGAGGGCUAGAUGAAGGGGGAGGCUAGGGUCAAGAACAAGAAGGCAGGAAUUUGUUAGGGUGAAAAGGCCAAGAAAA